AUGGAGUUCGCAAUGACUCUCAAGGAGCGUCUUGCUCUUCGUCAAGACCUCCUCUCCACCAACGACACCUUCAUCCACUCCCUCCCUAAAGUAGAACUCCACGUCCACAUAGAAGGCACUCUCAGUCCCUCCCUCCGUUGGGCCCUCGCCAAGCGCAACAAUCAGACUCUCAAACUCGAGCGCACAGGCACAGUCUACGAAACUCUCGAGCAGCUUGAAGAGUCAUACAACAUUAUUCAACCCCGUCCUGGACACCGUAUUGACAACACCGAGGAGACCUUUACGUUUUUUGAGGCGUAUUAUGGCGGGUUUGAAGUUCUGGUUACGGAACAGGACUUUUACGAUCUUGCCAUGGGCUACUUUGAGAGGGCUGCGCAGAUGAAUGUCAGGUAUUGUGAGCCAUUCUUUGAUCCGCAGGGUCACACGAGAAGGGGCGUUGAGUUUGGGACUAUGAUGGAAGGGUUCCGAAAAGCUCAACAAGAGGCCGAGAAGCGAUUGAACAUCAAACCUAAGUGGAUCAUGUGCUUCCUUCGUGACAUGUCCGUCGAGUCAGCCUGGGAAACAUACCAAGCUAUGCUCCCAUAUAGAGACAUGGUAAUCGGUAUUGGUCUAGACUCCGACGAAAACGAUCGUCCACCAGCUCUAUUCGCAGACCUAUACACCCGUGCCCAGCAAGACGGCUUCCACAUCACGGCACACUGUGAUGUCGGCCAAAAGGACACUUACCAAAACAUCCGCCAAGUAGCUGCCGACCUCUCGCUAGACCGCAUCGAUCACGGUCUCAACGCCGCCACAGACACCGACCUGAUCCACAUAAUCAAAGAUCGAGGAAUCGGCAUGACUCUUACACCUUGGGGAUAUUUGAGACAUGAGCCUGUGGAAGAAAUCUUCCCAAGGAUCAGGAAGCUGUUCGAUGAGGGAAUUCCUAUUGCUAUUGGUAGUGAUGAUCCAGCUUAUAUGGAGGAUUGUUGGAUUUUGCAUGACUUGUUGCUUGUUAAGCGGAUGUGUGGAUUUAAUGAUGGGGAUAUGGUGAAGUUGGCAAGGGAUGCUGUGGAUAUGUGCUGGGCUGACAAGGAUUUGAAGGAGGGGAUUGCAAGAGAGAUUGAUGAAGUGGUGGCCAAGUUUGAUAAAUCAUAG